ACUUUGAAUGUCAGAAUCGAAGAACGUCUUAUUGAAAUAUUGUGUAUAGGGUAAAAGAGAAGCCGUAUAAUUUCUUGAAUUUACAAAAAUAAACCACACCGUUACAUAGUACACAUUUGUACAAGCAAAACUACAAAAAAUGGAAAAACUUCAUGAAUAUCAAGGAAUAACAGGUCGAAUACAUCAAUGGAGAGACAAUAUAAAAGAAAGUUAUGGUAAAAAUAAUUCCGCCAGCUUUCUAGAAAAAAGUAAAAAAUCAAUCGGAGAUCAAUUGAAAGGCAACGCAAGUGCAAAUGCUGACUACUCUCAUAUUUAUAGACACAAAACCCGUGCUGAGCUUGUCCGCGUGUCUGCUGCCGUUAUGGGCAUUGAGUUUUCAUACGCUGCAGAAACGGCUUUUGUGUCGCCAACGUUACUGAAAAUCGGCGUGGAACACCAGCAUAUGACGUUAGUAUGGGCUCUAUCACCUUUGGUUGGCUUUUUUUUUUUGUGCCCGAUAUUGGGUUCUCUUUCAGAUCGUUGCAAAUUAAAUGUUGGACGCCGACGACCGUUCAUAAUUCUUUUGUCUGUCGGGGUAUUAUUAGGAUUAAUUUUAGUUCCAAAUGGAGAAAAUUUGGGAUACUGGUUUGGCGAUAUCGAUCCACAUGAACAAGCUGCUGCAACUAAUACGACGUACAAUAUUACCUAUAACUAUUUAAACAUAAUUCCUCACAAAGUAACCGCAUCUAAAUCCGAAAAUGAAGGUAUUCAGAAAACUUCUCAUCCAUGGGGAAUUUUCUUCACUGUGCUAGGCACUGUUCUACUUGAUUUUGAUGCGGAUGCCUGCCAAAGUCCAUCUAGAGCAUACCUGUUGGAUGUGUGUAUUCCGGAAGACCAUGCCAGAGGUCUUUCUACUUUCACUAUAAUGGCUGGCUUAGGCGGUUUUUUUGGCUAUUCAAUGGGUGGCUUGAACUGGGAUGAGACAGAAAUCGGAAGACGUCUAGGAGGACAUGUGAAAGCUGUUUUUACGAUUAUUACGUUUAUUUUUAUCACAUGUGUUACAUUUUCGAUCUCGAGCUUUACGGAAAUUCCUCUUUGGGUGCUUUCAAACCCAAAAUCGAAAAUGUCCUCAAGUGAGAAGUCCCAUUUAGAUGAUUGCUCGUCUACGAAUUAUGGAGCAAUGAAUAAUGAUGAUGACAUAAAUCAUGAAAAUAUUGAGAAGAGCCAAAUCUGUAUAUAUUGGAGGUCUUCUUUUUAUUGCCUUGGAAUGACUUUGAUGGCAUUAACCCGAACCAAAUUAAGUGUAAUUCUAUUUAGUUGGACCGCUGGAGUAAUGUAUUCAACGCUCUUUACAAUGCCUUACCUACUGGUGGCACAUUAUCAUUCCCUGAAGACAUUUGAAUUAGACGAAAGCGGAUGUGCCAAAAUGGGAUCAGAAGUACGUGGCUUGGGUACCGAUGUCGCAAUAAUUAGCAGCAUGGUCUUUUUGGCCCAAUUCUUAUUGUCGAUAUGCAUGGGCACAAUUGUCAAAUUGGCUGGAACAACAACAGCUGUUAUCACUACAGCUAGUUUUUUUUGAGCUUCUGCGCAGCUUUGACAGCAUCGAAAAUUAUAUAUCUUGAUCUGUAAAAUUUUUUGAAAUAUUUAAAUUAUUUGUUGAUAAUAUUACAGCUUGGUUUGAAAACGUUUAAAA